AUGACAGAUGCAUUCGCCUUUGAGUAUCCCUCGCCGUUGGCGGGGUAUGAGAACCUGGAACCGCUUCCGGUAGAAUUCAACGAAGACGGCAAAUCCAUUAAGAAUCCCCAACACGGCGUCCGAAGCAAGGCGUACGAAGAGUUCCCCGAUCCGCUAGCCAAGGAUCGACAAGGGGGAUUCGACGUCCACAUCUAUCAUUUCCAGAAUAAUCCCGACCAAGUCGCAUACGCUAGGGCUCUUUACGAACGAGUCCGCCGUGAAUUCCCCGAGCUACGCAUAUAUCGAUUCUAUGAAGGACCACUUGGACCGCACCCCAUCGCUAUGUUCGAGGUUAACCUGUUCACUCCGGCCCAGUUUGGAGCGUUUAUUCCCUGGCUUAUUAUCAAUCGGGGCCCGCUGAGUGCGUUGCUUCACCCGAAUUCGACUGAGGAGGAGGAGGAGCGGAAUCAUACGCAGCGGGCGACGUGGUUGGGGGAGAAGUCUCCUCCUGCAAUGUUUCAUGUCGCUCCACCAGACUUGUCUGCUACGGCGAUACCGGGUUACGUAUUGGAGUACGCACCGUUAGUCUGGCUACAUAGUCAGGAUGUAUACCUGCCCUCUGACAUCGGGGAGCAGCUUUUACACACGGCGCCGACGGUGGAUUGGAAGCCAAUAGAGGGGGCCUCCUCGCCAGUAACGCUCAAUAACCUUGACCAGCUCAACAACCAUGGCAAUACGAGUGUUUAUCUGACUUCUAAGGAAGGCAUUGAUGCUGACCCCCAGCCGGCCUGGUUUGGAGGCGUUAAGCCUAAUGCGGAGGGACGGACACAGAACGCAGUCUCUUCGACCAUUAUUGUUCGAGACCACGGAGAUGGGACUCUGGACGCUUUUUAUUUCUAUUUUUACGCGGAGCAUAACAUGAUCCGGUUCUCAGAAGGUGUCCCACAAGCGAUCUGGUAUAGCCAGCACGCCUCCGGACAGGCGUUUACGUACCGUGCAACGGAGAAAAAGGACAAGCGGCCGAUUGCAUAUUCCGGGAAAGGCACCCAUGCUAACUAUGCUAUCUCUGGAAACCACGACCAUACCAUUCCUGGUUUCAAUCUCCCUGGUGGACUGAUCGUGGACCAGACUGACCAGGGGACAUUGUGGGACCCGAUUCUGAGUGCAUAUGCGUACAAGUAUGAUGCUUCUGAGGAAAUCUUCCAGCCCUAUGACUCUGGAUAUCCGGUCGAGUGGUUGAACUUCAACGGCCAAUGGGGAGAUGAUGCGCUGCCGGGAGGGCCAGAACUGUUUGGACAGAAAAAGUACGCCGCGGGGCCGAAUGGACCGAAAUUCAAGAAGCUCGUCAGGGAAAAAGUGUGCCCGAGUAGCCCCUGUGUUGUGCUUCCUUUCCGGAUCUGGGAGAAUCAGACAUUGGCAGAGUAUGGGCAAUGA